AUGCCCAUCACCACCGCCCACCCCGGCGGCCCCCGCACAGAGACCAAGAUCCAGGUAACAGUAACAGUAACGCUAGACCAAGAUCUGAAUGUGACAUCAUAUAUACGCAGUACUAAUAACAGUUUCCUUCUCGGUUCUUCUCCGAUCACGGCCAUCGCCGUCGGUGGCGCGCAGCUGAUCUACAGCUCCGGGGUGUGGCAGUUCGAGGGCUACGGGUACAUCCCGCGCGGCACGACGGGCGCGUCGGUGAUGCAGAUCUUCGGCGCGGCGGAGCACGCGACGACGCUGAUGCUGCACGUCUACGACGGCCGGCUCACCUACUACCACGACGAUUCGAGGGUCGUCGACGCCAGCAUCUACGACAGGUGGUUCAAGCUCAACGUGAUCCACGACGUCGCGGCGUCCAACGUGACCGUGUUCGUGGACGGCCAGCACCGGCUGACGGUGCCCGGCCGCGGCGGGGACUCGCACUACUUCAAGUUCGGCGUGUACGGGCAGCGCAAUAACGGCAUGUCGUACCUCAUGGAGUCGCGGUGGAGAGACGUCAAGGUCUUCAAUAGGGAUGUCAAGGUCUUCAAGAGUGGCGAAACUAGAGCAAAAGAAUGGAGGGUGUACAACUUCAUCAUGAUUAUAGUGACCUAUAUAAUGUUCAAACAAAUAGCAUAA